UGGAAGUGAGGACAGCAGCUGCCCUGGACCAGCGCUGCUUCCUGUGACCAGCCACCUGCCACUCUGAAUCAGCAGUGCUGGGAUGGAAAUGCCGCUGUGGUCUCACUGUUAUCUAUCGAGGCCGUGAAUACCAAUCGAGCAACAUCAGCUGCCGAAAAGGCUGAUGCGGAAGUCACUGGCACAGCAGAAAAACAGUGACUCAAAUCAGUGACUCAAAUAAUUUGAUGUGCACCGACCUACUGGAGAAAUCCUUGGUUCUAGUGCUAUCAACCCCAAUGAUAGCAAUGUGAGGGGAAGGGGGCAGGGCGGGGGAGGAAGGCAUAUUUCACAGAUUCUUCUUAGUGGGUGGUCUCUUGGCCAUCUGCACCUAUGGGGUAUGGGCUAAAAUUCCAGAGUCUCGGACUAGGAAUGCAGUUCAGUGGCAGAGCAUGCUGUCUAGAGUGCGGAAGGCCCUAAGUUCAUAUCUGCACCCCUCCUACGGAGCUCCUCUAAGGGGUGGCUCAGGGGCUGGCAGGCUCCCCCAGGAAACGUGUGGUUUAUAACCACUGCUGUGUAUGCCAGGCACUUAAACAUGCCAUCUAGCUGCAACCAGCAGAGGGCCGUGAAACUAAGCCAGAGUGCACAGUCCGUUGGUGACAGAGCCUAGAUUUGAACUCAGAUCUGUCUGCUUCUACCACAGAGCCAUGUCCUGAUGAGCCCUGAUAUUAUGGAAGUUAUAGUCCUAAUCAAAUUGGCCUUAUGACUGCCUCCUGAACACCACUAACUGCCUUACUGAUACCCUGGCCAGCCAGUGAGAAGAAAAAGAGUGAAUGUGCCUUGAAGAAGAAGAGCAACGAGACGCAGUGUUUUAACUUCAUCCGCGUCCUGGUCUCCUUCAACGCCACCCACCUCUACAGCUGCGGGACCUUUGCCUUCAGCCCUGCCUGUGCCUUCAUUGAACUCCGAGAUUCCUCCCUGAUGCCCAUCUUAAACGACAAGGUCAUGGAUGGGAAGGGCCAGAGCCCCUUUGACCCUGAGCACAGACACACAGCUGUCUUGGUCGAUGGGAUGCUCUACUCUGGCACCAUGAACAACUUCCUGGGCAGCGAGCCCAUCCUGAUGCGCACGCUGGGAUCCCAGCCUGUUCUCAAGACCGAUAUCUUCCUACGCUGGCUGCACCCGGAUGCCUCCUUCGUGGCAGCCAUUCCAUCUACACAGGUCGUCUAUUUUUUCUUCGAGGAGACAGCCAGCGAGUUAGACUUCUUCGAGGAGCUGUACACAUCCAGGGUGGCUCGAGUCUGCAAGAACGACGUGGGCGGCGAAAAGCUGCUGCAGAAGAAGUGGACCACCUUCCUGAAGGCCCAGUUGCUGUGCGCCCAGCCAGGUCAGCUGCCAUUCAACGUCGUCCGCCACGCGGUCCUGCUGCCCUCCGUUUCCCGCAUCUAUGCAGUCUUCACCUCCCAGUGGCAGGUCGGUGAGACCAGGAGCUCGGCGGUCUGUGCCUUCUCCCUCACGGACAUUGAGCGAGUCUUCAAAGGAAAGUUCAAGGAGCUGAACAAGGAAACUUCCCGAUGGACCACUUACAGGGGCCCGGAGGCCAACCCAAGGCCAGGCAGCUGCUCCACGGGCCCGUCCUCUGACAAAGCCUUGACCUUCAUGAAGGACCAUUUUCUGAUGGACGAGCAUGUUGUAGGAAGGCCCCUGCUGGUGAAGUCUGGGGUGGAGUACACACAGAUUGCCGUGGAACCGGCUCGGGGUCUCGAUGGAAGCAGGCAUGUGGUCAUGUACCUGGGCACAUCCACAGGGUCCUUGCACAAGGCUGUGGUACCCGAGAACAGCAGUGCUUACCUUGUGGAGGAGAUCCAGCUGAGCCCUGAGCCUGAGCCUGUCCGAAACCUGCAGCUGGCCCCCACCCAGGGUGCAGUGUUCGCAGGCUUCUCAGGAGGCGUCUGGAGAGUCCCCCGGGCCAAUUGCAGUGUCUAUAAGAGUUGUGUGGAAUGUGUCCUUGCCAAGGACCCCCACUGUGCCUGGGACCCCGAGUCAAAAACCUGCAGCCUUCUCUCUGGCUCCAGCUCCACCCUGAAUUCCUGGAAGCAGGACAUGGAACGAGGCAACCCAGAAUUGGCCUGCGCCGAUCGUCCCCUGGCCAGGAGCAUCCGGCGUCAGAGCCCCCCUCAACUUAUUAAAGAAGUCCUGGCCGUCCCCAACUCCAUCCUGGAGCUGCCCUGCCCUCAGCUGUCAGCGCUGGCGUCUUACCACUGGAGCCACGGUCACGGCCACGGCAGGGCCGCAGUCCCGGAAGCCUCCUCCGCCGUCUACAAUGGCUCCCUCCUGCUGCUGCCUCAGGCUGGUGUUGGGGGCCUCUACCAGUGUGUGGCCACGGAGAACAACUACUCGUACCCGGUGGUCUCCUACUGGGUGGACAGCCAGGAGCAGCCCCUGGCCCUGGAUCCCGAGCUAGCCGGUGUUCCCCGGGAACGGGUGCAAGUCCCGCUGACCAGGGUCGGCGGUGGGGCUUCCCUGGCUGCCCAGCGGUCCUACUGGCCCCAUUUCCUCAUCGUCACUGUCCUCCUGGCCAUAGUGCUCUUAGGAACACUCACUCUCCUCCUUGCCUCCCCACUGGGAGCACUCCGGGCUCGCGGCAAGGUUCAGGGCUGUGGGACGCUACCCCCCCGGGAAAAGGCCCCACUGAGCAGGGAACAGCGUCUCCAGCCCUCCAAGGACUACAGGACCUCGGCCAGUGACGUAGACGCUGACAACAACCAUCUAGGCCCUGAAGUGGCCUAACCUGGGCCACAGGUGGGAGCUGGGCAGAGCGAGGCCCCCGGCCACGCCGCCCGGGGCCAGGUACGGUGCACUGUGACUAGGGUGGGAGGCUCUCCUGCGGCCGUGGUUCACCUGCAGCACCCAGGAGGGCCUCACGGCACCCAGGAGGGCCUCCCCUACGGGACUCUCUUCCGUAAGCACAUGGGCUGCCUCCACCCGUGCCGGGACAGCGAGAGCCAGACAGGAUUCUUCAGUUUCGGUCAACCAACCCCAAGCGCUCCAGGAGACCCCGGAAGGUGUGGCUGUCCAGGAUUCUGUGCCAACAGACCCGAGCAUCUGAGCAGGCCGGGGGCUGUUCCUGCAGACUCCAUCCUGGAAGAUGCCACUCUGGAAGCUGCUGCUGCUUUGAACACCAGCCCCCCAUCCCCACCCCAUUCUCCCAGGGUCUCCAAGAUUGUGCUCCCCUUACCAGUCAUGCCCUACUGUUUGGGAAGUCUUUUCUGAAGUUUGACCACCUUCCUUCUUGCUUCAGUUUGGACAGGUUGUUAUUGUCUCUGGCCUGGCUGGAAUGGCAGGCAUAAUCUGAGCCUUGUUCUCUUGUCUAGUGUGGCUGACCCCUUUGAACUCUCCCUUCCCCUUCCCCGUGUUUUGACUCAGAAAACUGCUUGUCACAGACGAUUUAUUUUUUAUUAAAAAAGAUAUAAGCUUUA